AUGAGGAAACGCGGGUAUCAUUUUCUUCCGUUCAAUCAUGGGUUCUUGAUGAUGCGAUUCUUUUUUAAUGCUGAUGGGAUCACUUGUUGGGUCGGCUGGAAAACGGGAGCGAUGUGAAAAGGGUGAUGUGCACCGUGAUGGGGAUUACCAUCGAGCAGUUCAUGUGUGGAUAUAUUCAGAGAGUACACAGGAACUUCUCCUCCAGAAGCGUGCUGACUGCAAGGACUCGUGGCCAGGCUGCUGGGAUAUUUCGAGUGCUGGCCAUAUAUCUGCUGGCGAUUCCUCGCUUGUGACAGCCCAGAGGGAACUUGAGGAGGAGCUAGGGAUAGUCCUUCCAAAAGAUGCAUUUGAGUUGUUAUUUAUUUUUCUUCAAGAGUGUGUGACAAAUGAUGGUGAUUUCAUCAAUAAUGAAUUUAAUGAUGUCUAUCUGGUGACCACUCUUGAUCCAAUUCCAUUGGAGGCCUUUACGCUGCAGGAAAGCGAAGUAUCUGCUGUUAAGUACUUAUCUUAUGAUGAGUAUAGAAGUUUCCUUGCUAAAGAAGAUCCUGAGUACACCCCAUUUGACGUGAAUGGGCAGUACGGGCAACUAUUUGACAUAAUUACACAAAGGUACAACCAGAAGGCCAUUGACCGCAGCUUGGCUCUACAAAAGAAAAUCCAUCGCUAUGCUUCUGUUACCCUCAAGGCAGAGCUUUCAGGGCUUUCAAAUGGAGAAAGGGAAGCCCUGCUUUUAGUAAUUGAGGCUGCAAAAGUUAUUGAUGAGAUCUUCUACCUACAGGUAUGGUACAACAAUCCAGCUUUGAGGGAUUGGUUGAAGGAGCAUGCUGCUUCGUCAGAGCUGGACAAGCUUAAAUGGAUAUACUAUUCAAUAAAUAAAAGUCCAUGGUCUUGCCUUGAUGAGAAUGAGGCAUUUUUGACAACUGCAGAUUCAGCUGUUAAGUUGCUCUCCAAACCUGCAAAGCAAGUAAAUGGGUGGAAGGGUAUAGAAUAUAAGGUUGCAUUUCCCAUGCAAAAACCACCCAGUGCAAACUUUUAUCCUCCUGACAUGGAAAAAGAGGAAUUUGAUUUAUGGAAGAGUAGCUUAUCAAAAGAUGAACAAUCGGAGGCAACUGGCUUUUUCAACGUCAUUAAGAGGAAAAGUCAAUCUAGUUUGGACGGAGCCUCAUCUAUAGUUUCUGACGAAAGUAAUAAUAAUAAUACAGUCAAACCAGUUCAUGACCUUUUUAUUGUCCCCUAUUCACAAGAGUACAGAGCUUUGCUUACAAAAGCUGCUGAACUGUUGCAUAAAGCUGGAAAUUCAACUAGCUCCCCAAGCUUGAAGAGACUAUUGCAAAGCAAGGCUGAAGCCUUUUUGUCCAAUGACUAUUAUGACUCAGACAUUGCCUGGAUGGAGUUGGACUCCAAGUUGGAUGUGACUAUUGGCCCUUAUGAGACUUAUGAAGAUGCGCUAUUUGGCUACAAGGCGACAUUUGAAGCUUUUAUUGGUAUUCGUGAUGACAAGGCGACUUCUCAAUUAAAACUCUUUGGAGAUAAUCUUCAGGUAUUGGAACAAAAUCUGCCUUUGGACAGUGUAUACAAAUCGCUAGAUGUGAUUGCUGCACCAAUACGUGUCAUUCAGCUUGUUUACAAUGCAGGGGAUGUCAAGGGCCCUCAAACUGUUGCUUUUAAUUUACCAAAUGAUGAGCGUAUCGUGAAGGAUCGAGGAACAUCAAUGGUCAUCCUCAAGAAUGUUUCAGAAGCAAAGUUCAAGCAUAUUCUCCAGCCCAUAGCAGCUGCAUGCAUUUCAAGGGAACAAUGUGGGCUAGUAGAUUUCGAUUCUUUCUUUACUCACACGAUUUGCCAUGAGUGCUGCCAUGGAAUUGGCCCCCAUACCAUAACUCUACCAAAUGGUCAGAAGUCUACAGUGAGACUAGAGCUUCAAGAACUUCACUCAGCUUUGGAAGAAGCAAAAGCUGAUAUAGUUGGUCUGUGGGCGCUAAAGUUUCUUAUUGACCAGGACUUGCUUCCAAAGACUUUGGUUAAGUCAAUGUAUGUCUCUUUUUUAGCUGGAUGCUUUCGCUCGGUUCGUUUUGGCUUAGAGGAAGCUCAUGGGAAAGGUCAGGCGUUGCAGUUCAACUGGUUAUUUGAGAAAGGAGCACUCGUGUUGCAUGAUGAUGAAACAUUCAGCGUCGAUUUUACAAAGGUUGAAGGUGCCGUAGAAAGCUUGAGCCGGGAGAUACUCACAAUUCAAGCAAAAGGUGACAAGCGGGCUGCAAGGUCCCUCAUCAAUAGAUAUUGCAAAAUGACAGAUCCACUCAAAUCUGCUUUGCAGAGACUAGAAAACAUUCAGGUCCCAGUGGACAUUGCUCCCAUAUUUCCGAUUGCUGAUUUGGUGUCGGAGUGAAAGGAUCGGAGUGAAAGGAAAGGAGUACUCCGUGCUCAGCUUGUCUUCUCAGCUGUUGUGGCAUUCUAUAUUAAUUCAUGAGAAUCAGGCUUUAUUCCCCCGCGAGAACGAAGAAAUAACUGGAAGAGCCCUUCCAAAUGACAUUAUGGCGUCUUCCAUCAGUUAUAAUUGGCAAAACUCUUCAUGCUUAAUACAGUGAUUUAUGAUAAGUAUAGGAGAGGGAAUGUCUUUACGUUACAUGUUCUGUUAGAAUGAUAAUUUCCUAAUCACAUAUAUAUAUAUAAUUAUUAAAAAAAAAAAAAAA